UUUCUUCCUCUACAUCUCCAUUCUUGUCCGAAACUCUAAUGUACUAUCUCUCCAAAUCUGUCCUCGUACAGAGAAGGAGAACGGUAUUUGUCGUAACAAUCACAAAGUCGCCUUGAUCUAUAACCCCAUGCAAUACGACGGAUUGAUAUUGAAGAAAUCGCGGUCUUAGCUGCGACCAUUGUCUUUCUCAUCGCCUAAUUCUGUCACUCGUUAACUUUUUCACGAAUGUUAAAUCUCGCAACUAUUAGCAUCAUGGCGCCUUUCGUUUCGCACGCGGUCCCGGUCGCGCUACUAUUAACAAGAAAUAUCGUAUCCGCGCAAACUUACAAGAUAGAUUCUGAUGACGACAUCAUAUCAACAUCUAAGUCUCUCGCUCAAAAUGUCAUGACAUACUACCACGGGAACGAAUCCGGACAAACACCCGGCAUCCUCCCAGGCCCUCCUCCGGCAGGUGAUUACUACUGGUGGGAAGGCGGUGCGCUUUGGGGAGCAAUGAUCGAUUAUUGGCAUUACACUGGCGACACCACCUACAACGACGUAGUUACCCAAGCCAUGCUUUGGCAGGUUGGUCCGAAUAAAGACUAUAUGCCCCCCAACGUUACCGCCUCGCUCGGCAAUGAUGAUCAGGGAUUUUGGGGCAUGUCUGCCAUGCUAGCGGCUGAGCUCAAUUUCCCCGACCCUCCUUCAGAUCAACCUCAGUGGCUAUAUCUAGCCCAAGCAGUUUUUAAUACUCAAGCCGACCCUAGUCGCCAUGAUGAUACCUGUGGUGGUGGUUUGCGAUGGCAAAUCCCAUUCGCGAACAAUGGAUAUGACUACAAGAACAGCAUCGCCAAUGGCUGCUUCUUCAACCUUGGCGCCCGCUUGGCACGUUAUCUAAAUAACGAAACAUACGCCGAUUGGGCAGAGAAAACCUGGGACUGGGUCCAGAGUGUUGGCUUGAUGGACAGCGACUACAAGAUAUACGAUGGCGCUCACGUUGAAACCAACUGUACCGAUAUCAACAAGGCCCAAUUCUCAUACAAUAACGCGGUCUACCUAUUAGGGGCGGCGCAUAUGUACAAUUAUACCGGUGGAGACUCGAAAUGGGAACAGCGACUCAGUGGACUCUUAGAUGCAACAAUUCGCGACUUCUUCAAAAACAAUGUCGCCUAUGAGAUUGCAUGUGAAGAGCACAUGACCUGCACGACGGAUAUGUUGAGCUUCAAGGGUUACCUACACCGAUGGAUGACGACUAUGACACAGAUCGCCCCAUUCACGGCCGAGAAAGUCCUACCGGUUCUAAAGGACUCAGCCCAGGCUGCCGUAAAUCAGUGUACUGGCCCGCCAGACGGAAAGACCUGCGGGUUCGGGUGGGCAAGUGGUACAUUCGAUAAUAGCGUCGGUGCGGGCCAGACAAUGAAUGUUCUGGGAGCUGUCUCGUCUCUGUUAGUCGGGAAGGCUAAACCGCCAGUGACGAUGGAAACCGGUGGUACGAGCGAAGGAGAUCCGAAUGCCGGAGCGGGAAGUGACUCGUUUACCCACACGCCAGCGCCAAUAACGACAGGAGAUAGAGCGGGUGCUGGUAUUCUAACCGCCCUGGUUCUAGCUUCCGCAGUUGGGACGUUUGGGUGGAUGAGUAUUGGAGUAUGAAGGAUAUUAUCUACCAUCGCGAUUGCGAACUAACACGACAUAAACUCGCCCCCAAUAUCAUUUUGGGGACCGACCGAUGACUACGAUGGCACUUCGAGGACCUCAUUCAAGUAGGGCAUGUAUGGCGGCGUCUAGGAUGGAAGGGCAGAUAUGUAGCACGACCAUAAGGGUAUGAGGCGUUCGGAACGGUUAUUAAUGAGCGUUCUCCCGUGGGAUAGGAAUUGGCUUUUUGUCUUUGUUACUUAAUUUUGGACCACAAAUCACCUUCAGCCAAGGUGAUUUAGGUAUAAUGCUAGGAAAGCUCCUCUCUCAGGGGUAGCUUGGACAUGUGUAAUCAUGCCAAGGAUGAAAUGGACGUUUAUUUAGGUAAUGAAGCUGAAUUCUUGAGAUUGUCGUAGAUAUUAAGGGAGGACCUCAAAAAUAGAGAAAUCUGUUCCUGAUUUAGGUAGUCG